AUGAAUUUACUAAAAUGGGAUGCCAACCUUGCAAUGCAGGCAGUGGAUAUGAAUAGAUUUUGUAAUUCCUUCGUUUCUGACAUCCCUGGGCUCGGUAGUGUUCGCGUGAGUGUUAUGCAACUGAGCCCUCAAGGUUUCCGUAAUUCCUUGGAACCGAUCCUUUCAAUGAACAGGUAUGAUUACGAUGAACCAAACGACCACGACCCCUCAAAGGAUGACCCAAACGACCACGACCCCCCAAAGGAUGACCCAAACGACCACGACUCCCCAAAGGAUGACCCAAACGAGCACGACCCCCCAAAGGAUGACCCAAACGACCACGACUCCCCAAAGGAUGACCCAAACGACCACGAACCCCUCAAAAGGAUGACCCGGUUUGUAGUAAUGACCACCGACGCCGGAUUCUGUCUCGCCCCCGUCACAUUCGAUCAUUCAACUUUCUUCUUCGUGACGAUCGGCACCGCAUUAUGUUCAUGCGCCGCAAACACCUUGAACCAGAUUGCUGAAGUUCCGUACGACGCGCAAAUGGACCGAACAAAAGGCAGGCCGCUCGUCAAGGCGGUCAUAUCACCAAUGCAUGCAUUUUUAUUCUCAGUGUUUAGUGGAACAACUGGAGCUUUGUGUUUAUAUUAUGGUACAAACACUGUGACCACAAUCCUUGGCGUGUCGAACAUAUUACUUUACGCUGGGAUCUACACCUCGCUUAAACGUAAGCAUUGGUCCAACACAUGGGUGGGAGCUGUGGUUGGGGCGAUACCUCCUGUGAUGGGAUGGACAGCAGCUACUGGAAGUCUUGAUGCAGGAGCCUUGAUAUUUUCGGGGAUAUUAUACGCGUGGCAAUUCCCUCACUUCUACGCUCUUGCAUGGCGGAGAAGAGGCGACUACGCACGUGGAUCGUAUCACAUGCUCCCACUAUCACAUCCUGUUGCAACUAAAUAUGUUGUGGCAAACGAACAGCAAUUCAGCACAUCACCUGUACAAGUGUAG